AACCCGACUUCAAAAAAAAAUUUCGAGCUCCCAACUUCUCGACUUUCUUCCACCCCGUUCCCUUUCGACACUGCUUAUUUCGACAUGGUGAAGCGUAAGAACGACGCUCCUACCAAUGGUAGCUCAAAGAAACGUGCCAUUUCCGACGACGAGGCGCAUGAGAAUUUCCGCACUGGUCUGUUUGCCAGUGAGGUGCUCAAGAGCUACACUGAUUAUUAUGCCGAAUCGCAACCAUACAAGCAUGCCGUCAUCCAAGACCUAGUGAACGAUAGCCUCCUCCGCAAUGUGCGUAACGAAAUUCGCGAGAACAUAUCUUUCACGCCAAAAGAGACGGACAUCUACAAGAUCCACCAAUCUGGUGACUUGGCCAACCUCGAUGGACUCGACGAUUCUGCUCUCAGCCGAUUGCCUUCCCUUUUGAAACUCCGCGAUUCGUUAUACUCUUCAGCGUUCCGUAAAUAUUUGUCCUCUAUAACCGGCUCCGGCCCGUUGAGCGGCGUCAAGACGGACAUGGCAGUGAACGUAUAUACACCGGGCUGCCAUCUUCUGUGCCACGAUGAUGUUAUUGGAAGUCGUCGUGUAAGCUGGAUCCUUUAUUUACUUGACCCGGAUCGCCCAUGGAAGCCUGAAUGGGGUGGUGCACUUCGUUUGUAUCCCACAGAGGAGCUGAAAACUGCGAGCGGGGACGAAGUCAAAGUCCCACAGCCAGACUUUACAGUCUCAAUCCCACCAGCGUGGAACCAACUUUCCUUCUUCACAGUACAGCCUGGUGAGAGUUUUCAUGAUGUUGAAGAGGUUUACAAGAGAGGCCUAGAAGAAAUGGAGGAGGACGAUGGUGGCCGAGUUCGCAUGGCCAUCAGCGGGUGGUUCCACAUUCCUCAAGAGGGAGAGGAAGGUUAUGAGGAAGGAUUUGAAGAGAAGCUCGCAGAGCGCAGCUCAUUAGCGCAACUUCAGGGUGGAAAGGCCGACGUGUUUGAUGAGCCACAAGCCCAUUGGGUUGACAAUCCGAAUUGGGACGCUAUCAGAAACUCGGAGAAUGACGAGCUCACUGCGGAUGAAAUUGAUUUUCUCAUCAAGUAUAUGAAUCCAAACUAUCUAACACCAGAUACCGUGGAGGAGCUAUCAGGAAUGUUCUCGGAUGAAUCCUCGCUUCGACUGGCUGAAUUCCUUUCGCCGAAAUUCGCCACUCGACUUCGUGAAUACAUCGAGUCGAAGGAUCAUGAGCCAAAGCCGAGCUUACCUACCAACCCAUUUUACAAGGAAUCUAAGGUUGGUGUUGCAAGGCCACCGCACAAGCAGCGAUACCUCUAUCGUAAGGCCGUUCCGUUGCCCGAGACCAUGUAUCCAGACACCGAAAAGAUGACCCCCUACGACGAUUUGGUGGACAUCCUAUUCCCGCAUCCGGCAUUUACUAAAUGGAUAGCCCUUGUCACUGGGAUAACUCUCACGAAGAGCAACAUCUACGCACGACGCUUUAGGCGCGGUAUGGAUUAUACACUUGCCACUGCCUACGAAGAGGAGGACCCGCAGUUGGAAGUUUGCCUUGGAAUCACACCUAGCAAAGGCUGGGGAGAUGAGGAGGAGAAUGCUGACGAAGAGGAAGAUGAGUCGGGGCAGAAUGGAUCUUCCAGUAAAGGCAAUGGCAAAGCGCCUGUUGAAGCACCUAAGCCUGAGGAGGAGGUUGGAGGUUACGAGAUGUACAUGGCCGGCGAAGAUGAUGAUGAUCAAACGGACACUGGAGCUACAGAGCCUUCGACUAGCACUGGUGCUGGUCAAAGACGUAAGGCAAAAGCUGAUCCGGCGAUUUACAAAAGUGCUGUGGAUGAGGAAGAUGAUGGGGUUCUCUUCUCCCAACCUGCCGCCUGGAACAAUGUGAGCAUUAUCUUGAGAGAUAAGGGCGUUCUGCGGUUCACCAAAUAUGUCAGCAAGUCCGCUAACGGCGAUCGUUGGGAUGUGUGCGGAGAGUACGGCGUCGAGUUUGGCGACGAUGAAGAAGAAGCGUCAGAGUGAAGAAUUUUGGCAAAAGCUGCAUGAGUUCCAGUACUGUAAGAUGAUCGAGCUCCACUUGAUCAUCUAUCUUGUUUCUCAAAGUUGACGACAUAUAUUGAAUUUUGUGAUCCACGAUGAAACAACUUAUUGUGCAUGUCAAAUUGCCUCAAGCAUGCUAUC